AAGGAACAACCAGCAGAAUCGGGCUUGGAGGAAUGUCGGGCCUAAUGGGAUCGCCGUCUGUGCUUCUCUGCAUCAGUGUGCCAAAUCCCCUCACGCCGCCGCCGCCGACGGCCGCUUCCUUUGCUUCACCCGUAAUUUUUCGAAGAUGUUCCACGAAGUCGGCAUCAGCCAUCUCAUCGGAGUUAACUCCGAAACCAGAGACCUCCAAGUCUAUCCCGCUCCCAUCUACAGAGAUAUUGGCCUCGACUGCUCCGCCCAUUCAUGGGGUGAAAAAUCUAGGGUUUCAACCCAAGCCUGAAUUGGGGCUUCUGUCUAUCUUGUUUCCACUCUCAAUGGCUUUUGGUGCAUUCUUGUCAGUGGCCCUGGCAUCUAUUCCGACUAUAAUUGCUUUUGGAAGAUUAGGAGCUUCAAUGAAAAAAUUGUCUAGAGUUGCCUCGGAAGAGGUGCCUGGAACUCUAUCUUCUCUAAAACUUUCUGGUAUGGAGCUGAAUGAUUUAGCCCAACAACUUAGAAAUCUCAGGCACAUAAUCUCUGGAAUUCGCACGGGAACGAAGGACAGGGACACUAAAAACGCAGGAUCAUCUCGGAAGAAAGAACCAGUAUCCUAAUUCUCAACAUAGCCACAAUAUUUCCUUUAACACCAGCCUACCAAAAAUUAAAAAAUAAAAAAUAAAACUCUACAUCCUCCGGGAACUGCUGGCUGGUUGUCAGGACUGUUCGUUCAUCUGGUUCAGUCAAAAGCGAAGCAACAAGUGAACUAGUUUGAUGCUGCAAUUGCAAAAUGCUAAGAAAAGCUGCUCGUGUAAAAGUGUUGCUUUUCGCAGUUAGAUCAGUUUCCAUGCUUCUCCUGAACCUUAAGCAGUUGCAAGAUUUUUCCUUGUUCAUAUAUACGACAAUACAAGAAACACGAUAUGAUAAUGUUGUGCAUUGUAGGAAUUUUUUGUUUUUUUGUUUUUUGACUUAAUGCAAUUCAGGUUACAGAAGAAUUGCACUUACGAAUCAAACCAUAUAAAUAUUCACAGUUUUGCAUACUUCUUGAGUGCUUUGUCAGCAUCUUUUGCGUGAUCCGGGACUGGCAUGUUGCUUAGAAGAGUUACCCUGGACGAUGAUACCAAGGAUCUAUUUUGAGAGUUUGAAGGAUCUAUCUUCCAGAUUCUCACCUCCCACACCUGCUUCAGAAUAGAGUGAAACUUGAUGAGCAGGGUUUGUUUCAUGACGUUUGAAUAGAGUAUUAUAUGACUGUGUUUUAGAAUUUAGCCAAUAUGUAAUUGCUCUUUAUGGUAAUUCCUAAUCUUCUGAAUAUUUUUUCCCAAGGGUAGGAGGUAUAGUGUGAUGGCCACUGCCGAAGAGAAAACAACAUCGAUGGUAUUUCUCAUCUGUCGUAAACUAACGAUGCUAAGUUGCCAUAUUUGAAACGGCCAAUUAAUUGAUUGUUCACUUGAAACCAACCUCAUUGUUUAACAUUGAGCUGACUUUGAUUUAUGUCUUGGUCCAAUUCUUCUAUUUGCUACUUUAUAUUUAUGUCUGCAUGUAAAGUAGAAAACUUUCGAUGCCAAUUUAUUUUGAUGACGAUGAAA